AUGAACUCGAUUCGAGUUGUGCUCUCCGUCUGCGCUGCUUACGCAUACGAGAUGGAACAGUUGGACGCUGAUACAGCGUUUCUUAACAGUGAGUUGGAGGACCGUGUCUACAUGGAGGUACCUAUAGGAGUUGAGAACAUCCAGGACUAUGUGUGCAGCUGA